ACAGUAUCAUGAAAUUUGAUUUUGAAAAUGAACUACUCCUUUAACACUGUCUGUGUCUGGCUACUGUCUAGCAAAUCUGACACUAGAGUCAUGGCAACAAAAACAACUGAAGUGACAGCUCUAGGAAGACCUCUGUUUCCUGGGAUGCUUUACGACUGCCGCACAGAUGCCUUCAUUCCAGGUGUUACUCUGUGGGAUAAAAAAUCAUUAAAUGAAGAUUUGGACACUCACACAAAGGAUCAAACUUAUUUAAAGUUUAGUAGCUCUGACUGUUUCUCUGAUAAGUCCAGUCUUCUGAAUAUAAGUGCUUCUCUGAAGGCCAGCUUCAUGAGUGGACUGGUGGAGGUGGGGGGAUCUGCCAAGUAUCUGCAUGACACCAAAUCCUCAAACCAACAGUCCAGAGUAACAAUGUAUUACAGUGAAACCACAAGAUUUGAACAGCUCACUAUGACCCACCUUAGCAAAUUCACCUACCCUCAGGUGUUUGACCAGAAAACUGCAACUCAUGUGGUCACAGCUGUACUGUACGGAGCUCAAGCCUUCCUGGUGUUUGACCGGACACUUUCAGAGGAUGAAGACAAGCAAGAGAUCGAGCGAAAAUUAAGUAUCAUGGUGAAGAAAAUCCCAGCAUUUUCCAUUAAGGGAAACGGAAGUGUAGAAUUGUCAGAGGCUGAGAAGAAGAUAGCCGAGAAUAUCAGCUGCAAGUUUCAUGGUGACUUUCAUCUUGAGCAGAAACCCACCACAUACAUGGAAGCCCUGCAGGUGUACAAGCAGCUCCCCAAUCUGCUGAAGGACAAUCCACAGAAUGUGAUUCCAGUAAAAGUCUGGCUGUAUCCUCUUCAUCUGUUAGACACGCAGGCCGCUCGGCUGGUGAGAGAUGUCAGUACAAGCCUGGUGUCCUACACUGAAGCUGUAAUGGAGGAUCUGGAAGAGGUGGAGAGGAGAUGCAGUGACCUGCUAAGAAUAAAAAAGGUCAAUAUUUUCCGUGACAUUAAAGAGAGGCUGACCUCAUUUCAGAGUUCAUUGAGAAGUUACAAGACAGUGUUUCAGAAAGCACUGUGCAAAGUCUUGCCUGCUAUUCGAGGUGGAGAGAUGGAGGAGCACACACUGGAGGACAUCAUGAAGAUUCACGAAACCUCUCCUUUUAGUGCCAGCACACAGUGGUUAGAUGACGCAAAGUCUGAACUUGACCUCUUGAGUUCCUACACCAAAUCUCUGAAGGGGAUCAAAGCUGUAGAUGCACAUGAUCUGAGCACCAUUCGCCUUAAUCCUGAUAUUGAUGUCGUGGUGUGCUUCACCUUCACGUCACUGAGGCAUGAAGGCCAAUAUCUUUCAACCCUAAAAGAGUUCCUGCAAUCUAAUGAGUUUAAGAAGCUUGAAGGGGAGAAAACUCUGUAUUCGGUGGAAUCUGAUCAAAAGUGGUUUAAGGAUCCAGAUGUCAUCACAAGGACGAGAGAGACCUUUUCCCUCUUCAAAAGCUUCUCUGAGGCCAAUAAAGAUGAUGAGAAAAUAUGCUUCAUUAUUUCUGCCAUCUCCGAUUCCACCAUUCCAGGCUCCUCCAUCUAUCUGUAUGAACAAGGCAAACUGACAGACAAACGGUUUCAGCCUGUGACCAAGCCACCCGCACCCAAAGUGAAGAGCAUCCAGGGAAACUCUGUGUCCCUGAAACUGCAGGAUUCCCCGACUUUAGAAACAGUGAAAUACAGAGUGGAGUACAGAGAGGUAAAACCAGAUGAGAAGGAAGAGUGGAUUUUCACAAACACAUCUCAUGAAGACUUUACUCUGCCUGGACUGGAGUCGAAGAAGCAGUAAGUGAUCCGUUACAGGACAGUGGGUAAAGUGGGAGUGAGUGAAGCCAGCGAUACUGUCUCUGCUGAAUUACCUUCAACUCCACCUGUGUUGGUGGGUGGGACUGGAGGUGAUGCAUUCUCUGUUAACUUUACGUCCACCAUUCAGAAGAUUCACAUUACUUAUGACAGGCUUGAGCGCCUCCACACAAUUCAGGUGACUUUAAACGAUGGAAAGUUGUUUGAACGCGGUACAGUUAAAGGACGGAUACAAGCUGACUUGAUGUUUCACAAAGACGAUAAAAUCAUCGCUGCAACGCUGUGGCCAAAUAUGGCGUAUGACAGAGCCGGAGGUUUGGAAUUAGUGGUUGAGAAAAGCAAUGGUAAAAGAAGAAAAUUCUCUGUCAAGUGUCAACUGCUUGGUCAGCCUGUGAGUCUUGAUGUGAAGUCAGGAAAUCUUUGCGGCAUUACAGGGAGAAGUGGCUGGCAUCUUGACGCUCUGGGCUUGUGCUUUAUUUAAAUGCAUCAAGCUCUGUUGCUGACAGUAUCCAAAUGACAAAAACAGAUCUUUAAUAUGCUGAUGGAUAUAGGAUCUUAAAAGGUUUCCUAAAAGCAAACUGUGUGUGUUAUCUGAGAAAUGAAUGCGAUUCUGAUUCGAGUUUUCUUAUAGUUUUAUUUACUGACAUUUCUUUAUACAUGUUUUGUAUUUUAUUAAAUAUUCAUUAUAUUUGUAUAUUAUAUUCACAUUACAGUAUAUUCAUUAUCAUUUAUAAUGAUAUUCAUUCCAUGUGAAGCAGAUAUUUUCCACUGUCUUUGCCUCAUAUAAUAAAUCUGUAUCUAUAGUCAGAUGACGCACAAUGGAGAUUAUUCAAUAAUCUCUUAUUUUAUUCUAUUGCGUCGUCUGUAUUCUAUCACUUCUCUGUAUCUGCCUCUUAUAUCACUAUUGGAUUUUAGAAAUGUACAUCUACAAAGCUUUCAUUAAAAUGUUAUAGGUGGUGCCAUCAAACCAUUUUGCCACACUUUAUUAUUUAUUUGAU